GUUUUCAUUGUUAAGAAUGUUGACUUAACAGAGUAUAAAAUAGGAAUCUAUGUGCAUGAUAGCAGCAUAUUUAAAGUCCUGGUUCCUUUUCUCCUGCUGCUUACAUUCAAUGAACCAAUUAUUCAACUGAAUACUUACAGUAAAAUAUCAGGACACUUAAAAUAAAUGCUAGACUUCAUGCUGCUAUAAUGACUGAAGACUAUUCUGAAAACAAUGAAGGAAGUCCAGCCAUCCUUACUAUAUCAGGAGAAGAUGGAAAUCUGCUUCACGGGAUUCCAGCCCAGAUUCCCAGCUCACAUGCAAGCACCAAAAGUGGUUUUUCUGUACCUGUGGAUGAAGGAAAAUUUCUGGAAAAACCACCCCUAUCUUACAUAGCCUUAAUUGCAAAGGCAAUUCUUUCUUCCCCUGCAAAUAAACUGAAUUUAGCUGCUAUCUACAAAUAUAUUGAAGACAAUUUUCCUUUCUACCGGAACAAAGGUCGAGGCUGGAGGAACAGUGUGCGGCACAACCUGUCACUAAAUGACUGUUUCAUCAAGGUGGGAAGAUGUGAGGAUGGCAAGGGGAACUACUGGAGUAUCCACCCAUCAAACUUAAAUGACUUUGUUCAGGGGGACUUCAGGCAACACCGACGGGCACGAAAGCGAGGACGUCAGAAGGAGUUAGACAGUUCCCUUGCUAUGAAUUAUUUCAUGCCAUGGGGACACUAUCUCUCCUACCCAGCACCAGGUGUAUUUUACCAAACACAUUAUUUUCAAGAUCCUCUGUGGAAAAUGCUCCAUGCUGACAGACUGCAGUUUAUGCAUGAAUAUCAAAAGUGGAAUGCAAACAGCGAUUUAAUCACAGGGAAGUUUUUACCUCUGCUACAGCCUAAUAAACCACAGAGAAUUUCUAUGGACUGGUUUUACAGAUUUCCUGCUACUUCAGCUAUGCAUCAGAAUAUUUUCCUAAAUAUUCAGCAGACAUUGCCUAAUUCCUUGUUUUUCUCUCCUCAGAAGCAGCAAUGAAGUUAAGCAUUCAGAUAUAUCUGUAAGUACUAGAUAGUACUUGAAGUGCAGUGGCUUCACAGGCAUCUCUGCUUGGGGCCCUAUCAACAUACAAUAUAUUAGUAUAUAUUUUACAGUUUUUAAUGUUUAUGCUGUGUUUAAAGACAGCAAAAGAACUCUCUUCCUCAUGUAAGCCAGUGAUUGCCAAUGAUUGUUACUAAGAGUAUUAGUUUUUAACUGACUACAAUGAAUUUUUUAAAAAAUAAGUCUACUGAACAAUAGCAGUGCAUUGAUUAUUAUGAAAUAUGAAUGGAUUUCACUGGGCAUUCUGCUCUAGGUGACCCUGCUUGAGCAGGAGGGUUGGAUCAGAUGGCCUCCAGAGGUCCCUUCCAGCCUUAACCAUUCUGUGAUUCUGUGAUUCUCUAUUAGCACUGACUGCCCAAUAAAAUUAUUUUAAAAUUAUUCCAUAUUAAUCAUUGCCAUUGUAAUAUACUACAGCACAAUUUUUAAAUUAAUAUGUAUAUUUGUGAAUGCAUAACUAUAUGCUCAAACAUGUACACCCAUUUAUACAAUUAUAUUUAUAUUAUGUAGAUUGCUCUGAAGGUAAUGCCUCCUAUUUUUUUUCUAUGGAAAUCACAACAUGUAGAAAGAGCACGACAACACUAUUGGAUAGAGCAAAAUCUCAGCUACAAAACACUGUUUUUCAACAUAGUCAUCACCACUGUCUAUGCACUUUUGCCAUCGAUGAACAGAGUCUGCAUGCUGCACUCAUAAAAAUAUGCAUGGCUGUCCGGAUUAUGGUUUGUCUUUCACAUUGUUGUCACUGAUGAAAAGCAUCAACCACAGCCUCACUGUGCUCACACUCAUUGUUUGGUGUCCAUAAAUAUUGAGAAAGCAUCAAUGCUUGUCAAGGGAUGCAAUUUUUUCUGCAUGGAAGAAUUCAAUGACACAUCUUUGCUCCAUAUGCAUUUCCACAUCAGAUGCCUUUCUGCCAGACUGCCCUUUUUCUGCCAUCUAUCACACAACAACAUGUAAAGGAAUAUUGUUGGGAAGGUUCAGACUCUGCUGCCAUACCAUCAACAUUCACCUCUGACAUCGUGUGCCAGCAUAAUAAAAUAGGAGGCAUUACUU